AUGGCCAACAAAUUGGACGCGAUGAAGCCGCAGAGAAAGAUCGAGCUCUUCUCAGGCUCGUACUUUGCGGCGUGUACGAUGGGUGGCAUAAUCGCGUGUGGACCUACACACACUAUGGUCACGCCGCUGGAUUUGGUGAAAUGCCGCCGUCAAGUCGAUUCCAACCUCUACAAGUCCAACUCACAAGCCUGGAAAAUGAUUUACUCCAAAGAAGGUCUACGGGGCGUCUUCUUCGGCUGGACACCAACCUUCAUCGGUUACUCGAUGCAAGGUGCUGGAAAGUACGGAUUUUACGAGGUAUUCAAAUACCUGUACGGCGAAAAGCUGGCGCCCGGCGCGCCGCAAACAGUCGUAUACCUAGCUGCCUCCGCUUCUGCCGAGUUCCUCGCCGACAUCGCGCUAUGUCCUAUGGAAGCAAUCAAGGUCCGCAUGCAGACUACCAUGCCACCGUUCGCGAACACACUGAGAGAAGGCUGGGCGAAGGUGAUCAAGGAGGAGGGUGUUGGUGGUCUAUACAAGGGCUUGUACCCAUUGUGGGCGCGUCAAAUCCCGUACACCAUGGUCAAGUUCGCAACAUUUGAAGAGACAGUCAAGCAAAUCUACGGCUUCUUGGGUAAGCCAAAGGAGUCAUACGGGGCUUUGCAGCAAACCGGUGUGAGCUUCCUCGGUGGAUAUAUUGCUGGUGUCGGAUGUGCAGUCGUCUCGCAUCCCGCAGAUGUGAUGGUCUCAAAGCUCAACAGCGACCGAAAGGCUGGCGAGGGCGCUGGUCAGGCUAUCGGCAGGAUAUACGGCAAGAUCGGUUUCGGCGGCCUUUGGAACGGACUGCCUGUUCGUAUAUUCAUGAUUGGUACUUUGACUGCGUUCCAAUGGCUCAUCUACGAUUCCUUCAAGGUCUACCUCGGCCUACCCACUACUGGUGGUCACUAA